AUGACACCAGAAAUAAAUCCCAAAAGGUCUUAACAACAAGUCGUCCGUUCGUUUCCAGUGUGUUUUUUAGUUGUUAUUCACUCAUACGUAAAUACUAGCUUAAAACAUUUGUUGGAGAUUGCACCAAGAUGGGGGUUGACUAGCAAGCACUUUGAUUAUAGUUAAACGUUUUCCCUCUAGCCAGCUAACGUUGUCGCUGGCACGUUAGUUGCACAGACCGGUAAAUUGGUGGUACUAAUUUUAAACUAGUAAACGUUAGACAUCACUUUGUAGUUGUACAGCACAUAACAAGGAAGAUGGGGUCGUCGAAGAAACAUAAGGAGAAAGGGCGUGAUAAGGAUGCAGAAGAGCGUCACCGCGAACACAAAAAACACCGUCACAAGGAGAGGGACAAGGAACGAAAUGUCACCCGAGAGAGGGAGAAGAGGAAACGGUCCAGAUCGAAGGAAAGGAGCGGACGGGGUUCCGAGAGAGAAGGUCGCAGUAAAGGCGAAAGGAGUGCUGGGGAGCCUCGCGUAAAGAAAGAAAAAGUGGAGGCCGGAUAUCAAGAAAGUCCAGGAAUUGGACCACAGUCUGCAAGUGGAGAUGCCUCACUUAGCAUUGAAGAGACAAACAAGCUGAGGGCCAAGCUUGGUCUGAAGCCUCUGGAAAUGACUGACACAACUAAAGAGCUCGGUACGAAGGAGCAGCCAAUGGUUGCGGAGACGAUCAACCCUGUGUACAUCAAACAGCAGACCGAGAUGAGGGAGAAACUGGCGGCUAUGAAGGAGAAGAGGCUCCUCAAUAAGAAACUGGGGAAAGUGAAGACUUUAGCAGAGGGAGACUGGCUGGACGACACUGUAGCUUGGGUGGAGAGGAGCCGGAAGAUGGCCAAAGAGAAAGAACUGGCAGAGAAGAGAGCCAAACUUCUGCAGGAGAUGGAUGAGGAGUUUGGUGUGAGCAAUCUGGUGGAUGAGGAGUUUGGCCAGACCAAGAAGGCCUCUUACAGCUCUCGGGACCUAAAGGGUCUCACUGUGCAGCAUAGGAUGGAGUCAUUUAAUGAAGGGGAGACUGUCAUCCUCACACUGCAAGACCAAGGUGUGCUUGAAGAGGAGGAUGAUGUACUUGUAAACGUGGGUCUAGUGGACAAAGAAAAGGCUGAGAAGAAUGUGGAGUUGAAGAAGAAAAAGCCUGAUUACAAAGCUUACGAAGAGGACGAGAGUGUUGAUGACAUGGCUACGUUCAAGCCGCGCACUGUGCUGGGUAAGUAUGAUGAGGAGAUUGAUGGAGAGAAGAAGAAGAGUUUCCAGCUGAGCAAAGGGGGCUGUGCUGAGGGGGAACGGGAACGGGAGCUGCAGGCCAUCCGGGAGACUCUGAGGAACCAGGCCCAGUCCCUGGAGAUGCCUGCUCUCGCUAUUGCCUCAGAGUACUACACACCACAGGAGAUGGUGGGCUUUAAGAAGACCAAGCAGCGUGUCAGGAAGAUCAGGAAGAAGGCGUUGCCUGACGAGCUCCAACUAGACGACACGCGCAACACCGACUUCGGCUCCAGGGUUCGGGGUCGGGGUCGCAGGCAGUUGGAUGAGGGCCAGGAGGUGUCAAAGGAGGGUGUCAUCAUACCGGGACUAGAUGUACCCCAACAGUCAGAUGACAUCAGGAUGGCAGACAUGGACAUCAGUGACGAUGAGGACUUCAUCCCCACUGAGCCGGCUGUGCUGGAGGAGGACGAGGCAGAGCAAGAUCUGCAGAAGCAGCUGGAGAAGCAGAGGAAGCUCAAACAGAAGCAGCUGGAGAAGCAGAGGAAGCUCAAACAGAAGCAGCUGCUCCAAGACUCUGGGGAAAAGGUGGCAGAGCAGGUCCCAUGGCUUGCAAGAGUGGACGGCAGUGACGACGAAGACAACAAGAACAACCUGAACAUUGUAUUUAAUGCCACCUCUGAGUUCUGCAGAACUCUGGGUGACAUCCCCACCUACGGUCUGUCAGGAAACAGAGAGGACCAGGAGGAUAUCAUGGAUUUCGAACAGGAGGCGGCGAGAGAUGGGGCCGGGGGUUCAGACUCGGAUGAGGAUGAGAAUGUUGGCUGGAGCAUCGUCAACGUGGAUGAGGAACAGAAGCAGCCUGAUUUCUCCACAGCAUCAACCACCAUCCUGGAUGAAGAACCCAUUGUCAGCUCUGGGCUGGCUGCCGCCUUGGCGCUGUGCAAGAAUAAGGGUCUCUUGGACACUCAAAUGCAGAAGAUAUCCCGUGUCCGUGCUCCUACCGGUGCCCUGCCCAAUGAUAACUACAGCAUUGAGGACAAGAUGACUAUAGAUGACAAGUACAGUCGGAGGGAGGAAUAUAGAGGCUUCACCCAGGACUUCAAGGAGAAGGACGCCUACAAGCCUGACGUCAAGAUUGAGUAUGUGGAUGAAUCUGGGCGGAAGCUCACUCCCAAAGAGGCUUUCCGGCAGCUCUCACAUCGGUUCCAUGGGAAGGGGUCUGGCAAGAUGAAGACUGAGAGGAGGAUGAAAAAGCUGGAAGAGGAAGCGCUGCUGAAGAAGAUGAGCAGUAGUGAUACCCCUCUAGGAACGGUCGCUUUGCUUCAGGAGAAACAGAAGUCACAAAAAACACCUUACAUUGUUCUGAGUGGGAGUGGGAAGAGCAUGAAUGCAAACAACAUCACCAAAUAGAUGUGGUUGAGAAGAGGGAUCUGACCAGUGAGGAUGCAGGCUGUGCACCGUUAGACACACAAACACAGACUGAGAUGUUUUACAUUUUAUUUUCCUUGUUGAAUAAAAUCAAGUAGCUGCAUAUUGCUGUUGUGUGUAAAGUAGAGUUUUUGCUUUUGAUCCUGGAUUUAUGUAAACAAGGAUUGUUAUUUACAUACAGUAAAGAUUUGACAUGAA